AUGGCUAGAUUACAAUCAAAUUUUGAUUUAAUAUCAUCAUAUUGUCAACCAACAUUUAAUAUUGAAAAAUAUCAAUCAAAACAAACGGGGAUGAAAUUAUAUCAUAUUAAUGUACCGCUACCUUUAAUUAAACUUGAGAUAUGUGUACAAACAAAACCAUAUGAUGAUACUGGUUGUGCACAUACAUUAGAACAUCUAAUUUUUAUGGGUAGUCGUAAUUAUCCUCAACAAGGUUAUCUUGAUUAUAUUUCUGCACAACAUUAUUGUUUGGGUACAAAUGCUACAACAUAUCGUGAUAUGACAACUUAUGAAUUAACAACUGUUAAUUAUCAGUCUUUAUCUACACUUCUUCCUGUUUAUCUUGAUCAUAUAUUUUAUCCAUUAUUAUUAAAUGAUUGUUAUUUAACUGAAGUGCAUCAUAUAUCCGGUGAGACAGGUGAUGAUGCUGGUGUUGUUUAUAGUGAAAUGCAAGCAAGUGAAAAUCAACCAGAUGAAAUUCUUUUAUAUUCUAUACUACGUGAGUUAUGGUCAGAUGAAUUACCAUAUCAUUAUGAAUGUGGUGGUCGUCUUGAAUCCAUACGUAAUGAAUUAACAUUAGAUAAAAUAAAAAUAUUUCAUCAAAAAUUUUAUACACCAAAUAAUGUUGCUAUUAUUUUAUGUGGUGGUGGUAUAAAUGUCAAUGAAAUAUUACAAAUAUUAAAUAAAUUUGAACAAGAAAAUUUUUUUCAAUAUGAUAAUCGUCAAAAACUUUCUAAUGAAUAUUCAUUAGAUGAAAAUCAAAGAAAAAAAACAAAAUUACAUGAUGAUAAAUUUCCUUUUAUACAAAUUAAAUCAGCAAGUUUUGAUGAUAAUUCUACUUUUAUUCAUUCAAAUAUAAAAACUAAUGUACAAUCUAUUGAUACAACCAAAUUAUCAGUUCAAUCAACUACAAAUGAAACUAAUGAAUCAUCAUUUUGUGAUUCAGAAUUAAUGGUGUCACGUGGAGAGUCAUCUAGUCCAUCAUCACCAAAUUCAUUAUUACAGGCAAGUGAAACAGAUAGUUCAAUAUUUCAACGUAAUAUGAAUGAAUAUAAAGAAGUUUGUUAUCCAGUUGAUGAUAAUGAUGAAAAUUUAGGACAAGUUGCAUUUGGUUAUCGAUUAGAAUCAAUUUAUGAAAUGGAAAUUUAUACAGCACUUGAUGUUCUAUUAACAACAUUAUUUGAUGAAGAUAUUUCAAUUUUUUAUAAAGAAUUUAUUGAAUUACCAAAUACAUUAUGUUCAUCAAUUGAUCACGAUUGGUUUAAUUAUCCGCAAAGAGUCUUAACGAUUACAUUUGAAGGUGUUGAAAUUGAUGAUUUAACAAUGGUUGCUGAUAAAUAUUCAUCUGUACUUUAUUCAAUUCUUAAUUCUCAAAUAGAAAAUGAUCAAUUCUAUACACAAGUACAACGAAAUAUAAAAAAGAAAAUUGAAUUACAUUUAAAUGAAAUUGAAUCUGAACCAUUCGGUUAUCUUACUGAUUUAUGUUGUUUAGAUCAUAUAUCAGAAUUAUCUCUGUCAAAUAUAAAGAAUGAAAAUGAUAAUGAACAACAUUUAUAUAAAUUUUUACAAAAUCAAAAAUAUUUAGAAAAUUUAUUGAAUCGUCCACUUCCGUAUUGGCAUGAACUUAUUAAAAAAUAUCUGUUAGAAUGGGAUUCAUCGAAAAAAACUGUUAUUUUACUCAAGCCAAGUUAUGAAUUAUUAGUUGAACAACAAGAACAAGAAGAACAACGAAUAGCUGAACGUCUUAAUUUACUUAAUUCAAAGGGUCUUCAAAAAUUAAAAAAUGAACUUGAUCAAGCUCGUUCAAAUAAUAAACAAUCAUCAUCUCAAUGUGCUAAUAUUUCAAAUCCAUCAAUUCCAUUUCAUAAUCAAUUACAUCUACCACAAAUAGAAUAUUAUUCUAAUAAAGAUCAAAUUGAUCUUUUUCAUAGUCCAACAAGUCAUUUUAUUAGAUAUACUUUACAUAUUCCAUUAAAAGAUUUACCUCUAGAUCUUCAAUUAUAUCUUCCACUUUUUUCUAAUUUACUUUUUCAUACAUCUAUUCAAUAUGAAAAUAUUCACUUAGAUAAAUACAAUUUUUGUGAACUUAUUUCUCGUGAUAUUCUUAGUUAUAGUGUAUCCAAUGGUCAAUCAUCGUCAUCACCUAUACAAUCAAGAUAUGUUUAUACUCAUUAUUUUGAUACUUUUAUUAUAUCUUUACAAUCAAUAAGUAAUGAUGAAAUUUAUAAAAAUACAAUUGAUUAUUUUCGUUAUGUACUUUAUGGAACAAUAUUUAAUGAUUAUAAAAUAAUAAUUGAAGAAUGUGAAAAACAAUUAAAACAUCUUAUUGAAGCAUUACAAGAUGGUCAUACAAUUCAUGAAGCAUAUUUUAAUUGUUUAAUUAAUUCAACGAAUUUAAAUAAUUAUUAUCAUCAAAUGAAUAUUUUUUUACAAAAAAAUCUAUUUGAAAAAAUUUGUAAACAACCUGAUAAAUAUAAAAAUGAAAUUAUAUCAAAACUUGAACGUAUUCGAUUAUUUCUAUUGAAAAAUUUAUCUCAAAUGCAUUUUAGUAUAUGUGGAAAUAUGGAAUUAAUUGAAGGAAAUUGGCAUAUUAUUGAACAAUUUAUGAAUGAAAGUAAAUUAAAAAGUCAAAUAGAAAUUGAAAAUAACCAAAUAAAAGGAAAAAACGUUUCAACAGAAUCACCCGCUACAAUUAUUGGUACUCCACAUGAAGAAUCAGGUUAUGUCCUUCGAUGGACACGUCUUUCAAUAAGUCCAAAAGAUUUUGUUUCACUUUUAAUCUUUUCAAAUUAUCUCGAUAUGGAAAAUGGUCCACUUUGGACAGCAUGUCGUACAAAUGGUUAUUCAUAUGGUGUUGCAUUUGAUUUUGAUUUCGAAACAAAUCUUAUUCUUCUAUCAAUAAAUCAAUGUUCUCAAUUAAAAUUAGCUUAUACAAGUGCUUUAGAAACACUUAAAAAUAUUGUUGAACAUAAAACAUCCUUAGAUUCACAACGAAUGAAUGCUGCACGUAAUUUAACAAUUUGUAUGUUGACAGAACAUUUAGCAACAUUAGGUCGUGUAACAAGUGUUUGUAUUCGUUCAUAUCUUAAUACAUAUUCAAUUGAUAAAUAUCAAAAUUUAUUAAAUGAAAUUAAUUCAUUUACUUAUAAUGAAGAUAUAUUAUUGAAAAUAAUUGAAAAAUAUUUAUCACCAUUAAUUAAUGAUAAUCAAUCAUCAACAUUAAUACUUGUGAAUACAAAUAAAAUGAAAGAAACACAAGAAUUUCUUCAAAAAGAACAUAAUAUUAAAAAUGUUAUAUUAAUUAAAGAUGUUGUGAAAUAUUUAUGUCGAUAG